GUAAGUAAUUUGAAAAUGUCAUGCCAAUAGAGUCCAAUUUAAUAAUAUUGAAUUCUCUACGGUCCAAAUGAUAGAAUGAGGUGUUUUAGCAAAAUUCGGAGGAAUUGUCAAUAUUUUUUGUAGACUUUUACGCAUAAACGAAAGACUUAAGCAACGAACUAUAUCCGUGUUCAUGUCAAUGUCGAAUUUUCUCUUCAACAAACCUGUUUGAAUAUAAAUAUGACUAAGUUGUUACUUGGUUGUACUUUCCUUUUGUGUUUAUGUGCAACAGUGAAGUCAGAAUAUGCAUUUAAUGAGCCCAAGUAUAAGUGCCCAGCAAAGCCGAAAGUCAUCUACCCAUGUACCUGUUGGAAGAACUCUGAUGCAGGCAUCUAUGUGCGAUGUGAAAACACGAACUUAGCAACACUCUCCAUUGCGCUUGAAAACCUUGGAGCACUGGGCACUCCAGUGGAGCAGUUGGAAAUUUUGAAGGGGCAUUUCGUACGUUUAUAUGGGCCAGUAUUUUCGAAAGUGAGAACUAGGUUACUGACCAUAUCUGAUACGCCGAUAGUAACCAUUGAGGAUUACCCAUUCUUCGGUGUAAACAAAACCAUAGAGGAGCUGCGCUUACUCAACACCAAUUUAACAACGUUUACACCACUAUCUUUUGGGAUAUUAGGAAAUGUCAAAGAACUCGUAAUUGAUGGACAUUCCUUGCAAAGUAUCAGGAAAGAUGCUUUCGAUGGCCAAGUCAUUGGGAGCAAGCUAGAAGUCUUAAGAAUUAUCAACGGCCAGUUAAACGAUGUUUCAAUUGAAACUUUUCAGCCUCUGCGAAAACUCAGGAUUCUUGAUUUACAUGGCAACCGCUUAGAGAAUCUCAAAAAAAAUCAAUUCAAGAAUCUAAGGACGGUGGAGAUCUUAGAUAUUAGUUUCAAUAACCUUAAAAAGCUUGAGGCACAGCAUAUCGCAGAUUUAACCAAGUUGGGUUGGUGCAAUGCCUCUCAUAAUGCACUUACAGAAAUUUCGAGAGGAACUUUUGCCCGCAACUCCGUUUUGAAGUUAUUGAAUUUGUCGCACAACAAUAUCACACGUCUGGACGCGAACAGUUUCCGUGGGAUGCGGUUUUUAAGACGCUUGUUUUUGAGUGAUAAUAAAAUCAAUGAUGUUGGCAGAGGCACUUUCGGCUCCAUUGGAAAAAUUGGCACAAUUGAUCUGGCUAGAAAUUUUUUGAAAAAAGUUGAAUUUCAAAUGUUCUCACAACUUAAUUACGUCGAGCUUAUUGAUUUGGCUGAGAAUAACAUAACGAUCGUGGAAAAGCACUCCUUUAAGGAUAUCUACCAAUCAACAAUAAAUAUUUCACAUAACGCUUUGGAAAAAAUAGAGUCACUCGCUUUCGAAAAUUGUGUAAACAUUACAAUUUUGGACUUGUCUUUCAACAGGCUCACGAAUUUUUCGCGAAAUGCAUUUGAUCUCACCACAUUUGCAACGGAGUUCCAAGUCAGCUACAAUUUCCUCACAAAUUUAGCGCAGGUUCCUUUCCAAAAUAUGACCGGCAUCAAAGUUAUUAAUGCAUCGCAUAAUUAUAUUGCGGAGGUGCCGAAAAACUGUUUUCCAAAACUGUAUGAGCUGCACACCAUAGACAUUUCACACAACAACAUCUCAUUGAUUGCAAAUGGCGUCUUUCAGACACUCUUCUCACUACGUUUGCUGAACCUUAGCCACAAUAGCUUAACGGAGAUUAAGUCUUCAGUUUUUGGCACGCUUCCCACAUUGCUGGACAUGAAUCUCAGCCACAAUAAAUUAACAUCGAUUGUGCGUGGCGCACUGGCAAAGCUUACAAGUUUGCGCUUUUUGGACCUCAGCAAUAAUCAGCUCGAAAAACUCUUCCAGAUUCCAAUCUCCCUGAACGAGCUAAAUUUGGAGAGCAAUCGUUUAACUGGCAUACCAGCAAGCACUUGGCCCGUUAUGAAUUCGCUGCUGUUUUUGAACUUAAAUGACAAUCAAAUUGGAGAUUCAUUAUCAGCGCAAAGUUUCACGGGUCUGCUUGUGUUACAAAGAUUGAAGCUAAAUAAAAAUGGCAUAACCUUGCCACCGAUUGAAUGUCUUGCCGGCAUGUCGACACUGCAGUAUUUGCAAUUAGAGCAUAACAACAUAACAACGUUGGAUAAGAGUGCUUUCGGAAAGUUGCCAGUCCUGUUUGAACUUAAUUUACAUGCUAAUGGGGUUCAGGAUAUAAGCAAGCGCUCCUUCGAAGGCCUUUUGCAAUUGCUUACACUCAAUCUCUCCUCCAAUAACAUCAAAAGUAUACCAACAGACGCAUUUAUUGGCUUACCUUCGCUGAGGAAGUUGGAUCUGUCUUUUAACCAACUGUCAAAAUUGGAUAAUAAAACAAAUGGCGUACUUGAUGAUUUGCUCAGUUUAGAAGAGUUAAAUUUGAGCCACAACAAAAUAAGUUUCAUCACGAAAAAAACAUUCCCAUCCAAUCAAUAUAUACCGUACAACCUGAAGCGAUUGGAUCUUAGCUACAAUCAAAUGCCGGUGUUGACGUACGAUAUCACUUUCGGAACCAAAAAACUGUUGACUUUGAAUUUAUCGAAUAAUCAUAUAAACGAAAUCCGAAGAGGCGUUUUGGCAAAUUUUACGGAAUUACAAUCACUGGAUUUAUCCAACAACGAACUGACUAACCUUGCAUCCGAAGAGCAUGUAUUCGAUCUGCCGAAGAAUCUGACCAACAUCAAUCUGAGCAACAAUCAGAUAUACAAAAUCCCAAUUUCAAAUUUUAAAAAAGCCAUGCAAUUCGAAAACAUUGAUCUGCGCAACAAUAAAUUGCGCGACUUUCCGCAACUAUUAGUACUAAUGCUUCGCAACGGCACCAAUGUAUAUUUUGCUGGAAAUUCGUUGGAUUGCAGUUGUGCUGCGCGUCCACUAAAGCAUUUCAUGAUGGAAAAAUCAAAAAUAGACAAUGACUUAGAAAAUGUAGAGUGUAGUACGCCGUCGUUUUAUAAGAACCAGCGACUUAUGGAAGUGUUGGACGAGAAUUUGCAAUGCAUCUUAGAGGAUAGAGAUCUCUACAAGGGUGUAGCUUUCGAAGAGCUUUCAGAUGUACUGUUUCGAGAUAUUAAAGUCACUGAUUAUGGAAAUCUUACAGUACGUUUCUUUGUUACCGCUGCGAGAGAUAUAGCUGACUUUUUAAUUUAUAUUCGAAACAACGAAAACGAUGUCUUGUAUCAAGGAGAGGCAGCGUAUAAUGAGCGAACGCAUGAGAUCCGCAUCGAAACUAUUCGCGACAAGAUUAAAGGCCAAAAUGCGGAGAUAUGCAUAAUAUCCAAGGAUAGCAAUGGCAUAACGGGUCGUUGGUUUAGUGCACAGUGUACAAAUCUGCCCAAUUUGAAACAAAAACGUAAAGGCAUAUUCACGUUUACUUCGUAUAGUUCCGCUGAUCGUACAACAACGAAAGCUAUGCUAUCAAUAACCAUAUCCUGGUUAACGAUUGUUUUUUCCACAAUUGCGGUAAACACUCAAAUUUAACAACGGAUUUUCAACCACAUUAAUACCACAUUAAUGGAAUCCUCACUGCCAAACAAAUUACAUUCAUAUAUACAUACAUAUAUUAUUAUGUAUGUAUUAUUCUAUAGCAAAUAAUCAUUCCUUUUGUGAUAAUGUUUUUAACGAAUUUUAUUGAAUAAAGUUGAUUUUGUUUAAUUAUAUCAUUAAUGAA